UUGGGAUUCUUCUCUAGUUAAAGUGCGUCUCUACUCAAUACCGGUUGUGACAAUGGUUUGGAAUUGCAAUUUAGUCGGUCUUCCUUUUUCUCGAGAUCCUUGGAAAAUAUUACCACGUGACACGCUGACUGCUUUGGCGGAAACGCCUUUUUCUUACCUUUGUCCAAGUGGGAUCUGUCCCGUUCCAGGAGUCUCGCGACGCAACGUCAGUGAAGUCUUCAAUGACAAGGAUAAAUUCCAGGUGACUCUAAACCUAAAAGACUUCAAAUCCAACGAAGUUAACGUAAAAGUAAUCGACCAAACGAUAUGUGUUUGCGCCGAGCAUGAAGAAAAAUCCGAUGAUUCUGGCCGUAUUUAUCGCAAAAUUACGCGUCGGUAUUUCCUUCCUAACAACGUCGAUUGUGAUAAAAUCAACGCCACUUUUUCGGACGAUGGAAAUCUAGUCGUUUGUGCUGGAAAGAAAGCCAUAGAAGCGGCAAAGGAACGAAAAAUUGAGAUCAAACAUCUUCCAGCACAAAAGGCUCAGCAAUCAUUGCAACAAGAAUCGAAACCAUCGGAGAAGACCAAACAAGGGGACGUGAAUAUUCCUGUAAUUCGCGAGAUGGAGAAGAAGUAAACGAGUACGAAGAACUCGUCGAGAUCGGUUGAUGCUACGGUGAAAUCACUUCAAGUAAAUUUGUCUUUUUUCAGUAUCGUACUUAAAUAGGAUAGCAAGAUUAUUUGUUAUUGUUUUCCGAUGGGGUUUAAAUGUCGUCAGACAAUAAACUGGAUGUAACGUA